UGGUUAGGAUAUCAGCCAGAAGGAGCAAAUUUUCCUCUUCUUGUUUGAUCAGUUCUGUCUCACAAUUCUACGCCAAUGGCUUCUGCUGUAAUGACUUCUCUUCCCCAAUUCAAUGGCCUUCGGCCCAAAACAGCAUCUUUUUCUCCCGUGCGAAGCCUGGUGGCUGUUCAGCCGAUGAAAAGUAAAGGACAGGGAGCUUUAGGAGCUCGCUGUGGCUACAUUGGCUCACCCACAAAUUUGAUUAUGGUGGUUUCUACAACCUUGAUGCUCUUUGCUGGUAGAUUUGGUUUGGCUCCAUCAGCAAACAGGAAGUCCACUGCAGGACUAAAGCUUGAGAUAAGGGACUCAGGCCUACAAACUGGUGAUCCUGCUGGUUUCACCCUUGCAGAUACCUUGGCCUGUGGGUCUGUUGGUCACAUUAUUGGGGUCGGAGUUGUACUUGGCCUCAAGGGCAUUGGCGCUCUCUAAAUUUGUCCAUAAAUAUUUGUAACAAUUAAGCUUUCUUUUCCCCAAAUUCAUCUUUUUCUAUAAGAUUAUUGGUCUUUUUAGUAUA